AUGGUGAUUCUAUCAAAAGCCGAAGCUCAAAUCUGCGCCGAAGAGACGCUAUGGGAGCCUCAAAUGGAGAAAGACGCAUGCGGAGUUGGAUUCGUAGUGUCGAUCAAGGGCGAAAAGACGUAUAAGAUUAUGGCUGAUGCGCGGAUCAUGCUGGAGCGAAUGGCUCAUCGUGGUGCUUGCGGAUGUGAUAUGGAUACUGGAGAUGGAGCUGGUGUACUGGCUGCUAUCCCCGAUGCUCUCUAUAGGGAUGAACUGAAGAAAACGGAUGACGUGGACCUGCCACCUGUUGGGGAAUACGCCACCGGCAUCCUUUUUAUGGCUGAAGGCUCAUACAAGCAAGCGAAGGAAGCAUUGGGCGACCUGGCCCGCGCUUGCAAGCUGAAAGUAAUCGUUUGGCGGAAAUUGGCGGUGGAUAGAAGCUGCAUCGGGGAGGAAGCUCGCAAAACCGAGCCGCUGAUUCGUCAAGUCUUCCUCACCGCGGAUUAUGCCCACGAAGAUAAAGACCAGUUCGAGCGCAACCUCUUCCUGCUGCGAAAACGGUCGAAUACCGUGAUGCCGAAGCAGAGUCUCGACUGUUAUAUCUGCUCUCUAUCGACGACAAUCAUCGUUUAUAAGGGGCAAUUCACUCCUGCACAGCUAUACAAGUACUACGAUGAUCUGACCGACACACGCUUCAUCUCCCACAUAGCUUUGAUUCACUCUCGUUUCUCCACAAAUACCUUCCCUGCAUGGCAUCGUGCUCAACCAAACCGAAUGGUUGCCCAUAACGGUGAGAUCAACACUCUUCGCGGCAACAUCAACCUGAUGCAUGCUCGGGAAGGUGUCAUGAAGAGCAAGACAUAUGGAGAAAAUCUUGAGAAGCUAUUCCCCGUGGUCGAAGAUGGGUUAACCGAUUCUGGGUGUUUUGACAACGUGCUCGAGUUUCUGGUUAAAGCCGGAAAUCGUUCCCUACCUGAAGCAGCGAUGAUGAUGGUGCCCGAGGCUUGGGAGAAAGAUGAGUUUAUGCCCCAUGACAAGAAGCACUUUUACCGUUGGGCUUCUAUGUUCAUGGAGCCCUGGGAUGGGCCCGCGCUUCUAGCUUUCUCUGAUGGUCGCUAUAUUGGAGCAAUCCUAGACCGAAAUGGGUUGCGUCCGGCUCGUUACUACUUAACUGCUGAUGGUCAUCUCUACUUAUCCUCCGAGGUUGGCGUCAAUGAUCAUGAAGCCGACUCGGUGAUCAAGAAGCCAGCGAGCGUUUUUGGGUGUUUUGCG